UGCAAAAAUGCUGUAAUACUAGUAAUUGCUAGAAGAACCUUGCGUUACCCCUCCGUUACAGACGUGUCAAUGACAUGAAGGGGCAGAGGCGUAGGCCAGUGGCACAAGAAACAAAUAAAAGGGGGGGGGAAGUCGGGAAGUCGGGGGAGGCAAUUGGGGAGUCGGGAAGUCGGGGGAGGGAAGGCGGGGGAGAGGAGUCGGGAAGUACGCGGAAUGGAAGUCGGAUGGGGAGGGAAGUCGGUGGGAAGUCGGGGGAGGGAAGUCGGGAAGUCGGGAUCAGGGAAGAGCGACAGGAAGUCGGGGGAGGGAAGUCGGUGGGAAGUCGGGGGAGGGAAGUCAGGGGAGGGAAGUCGGGAUGGGGAGGGAAGUCGGGAGUCGGGAAGUUGGGGAGAGCGGUGGGGAUGGGGAGGGACGUCGGGACCGGGGCAGGGAAGUCGGGGUAUGGAAGUCGGUGGAGGGAAGUCGGUACGUCAGGGAAGGGAAGUCGGGGGAGGGACGACGGGGGAGGGGAGUCGGGAAGUACGCGGAAUGGAAGUCGGAUGGAAAGUCGGAUGGGGAGGGAAGUCGGGAAGUCGGAUGGUGAGAUCAAUUUUGAGCAUCCCCUUAACUGGAGAUUGCCUGGCAUCGCGGUACGAGAGCCCCUCCUGGUCCCCGUGCGCGACUUGGCUCGCGGAGGACGGGGGCCACAACGGCAGGACCGAGCAGGUCAGGCAGCAGAGGGACGACGACAUGGAGUAGGCUCCUCCAGAGGAGCGGGCCCGUCUAGAGGAGUGGGCCCUCAUGAUGAGGGCUCGUCGGGAGUGCACACCGAGGGCAGGGGAGAUGGUGCAGAGGGCACCCUGACGAGACAGUUUGAUCCAAUGGGAAAGAGGGUGUGUGAUCCUAGCGGUGCUGCCGGGCCCACGAGGGCAUGCCGUGAGGCGGACGGAUCAUCGCGCGCUCCACAGGACGAGCAGCAGUGGUGGAGGUCAAGGAUGCUACAACGGGCGAGAGAUGAGGGCAUUCAGGUCCCUGCGGACCUCGAGGAGGGGCUUGCGAUUGCCCCUGUGGAGGGUAGACAGGCUCGUCACCAAGUGCCGCACCUGACUCAGACUCGCCUGGAUGAAUGGGUUCAACACCCCAUUCAGUACGACCUCGAUAUGGCCUACAUCCGAUUCUUUGUGGGCUGUGGUGUGCCAUUCAACAUCGCCAGAUCGGAGUGGUAUGUGGCGCUUCAUGACGCCUAUCUCAGUCAGUUUAGCGGUCCCUACAGGCCGCGUCAGCCACAGUACGAGUUCCUGUGGACGACUCUGUUGUCCAUGUUGUACGCAGAGCUCGACGAGCGCUUGAGGUAUCACCGUGAGUCGUGGUCUGAGGGGGUCACUUCCAUGACUGACGGUUGGUCGACUCAGGCCAACCGCCCUCUCUGCAACUACUUGGUCGCAGGGAGGUUGGGGGCGUCGCUCUACCGGGUGGAGGAUAUGUUUGGCAGGGAGAGGACCGGGGCAGGUUUGUGCCGCAGAUGGAGGGAGCUCAUCCUCGAGAUCGGUGCAGAGCAUGUGGUCGCCAUAUGCACGGACAACGCGUGGGGCGUUGAGCAGUUGGAGAAGCUUGUGUUCUGUCAUUGGAACCUCAAGCUUCUCAAGAGCAGUCACACGCGCGAGGGGUUUAUCGGGGCUGGUCUCCCCGGGGUUGGAUUGACCGACGUCGAGAGGAGAGCUGAGGACUUCGCUCGCUACGAGCCGGACGAGAUGGCUCCUGGGACAUACGACCCAGCGGAGAUCGAGAGGGAGGCCGACCGCCUCAGGAGACAGCCGAGGGGCAGACGCUUGGUGAGGGCUGCAACAGCACUGGCCCACCAGAUUCGUCACCAAGGCGGGGAGGCGGUUCAGGGGGAGGACGUCAUUGAUGAUGAUGUCUCCUGGUUGACGGAGCCUUAUCGAGGAGACGGGUUCUUAGAACAGGAGAACCCUGUGACUGUGAGCCCUACGGGUCGGGUGCUCCCGCCACGAGCGGCGGAUGAUUGUUCAGGCAUCCCUGCCACCACGCUCGCACCGGAGGCAGGCCCCACAGCCUGCGUGUGGACGAUGCAGACGACAUAUUGGGUGGCACCGAUGCAGACGAUGCGAGCGAGGGAGGGAAUCGUGCAGCAAGGGCCGUUUGUGCGUCUGCCCGUGCGGGAGAGGCAGGCACGCCUGGAGCCGUUCGAGCUAGGCAGGCGUCACCCACCAGGCACAUGCACGAUCUUCCUUCCCUCGGUGCACGGCCAUCGGCGUCAGGUGCGGUUGGCUGGAGGCGGGGACGGCGGACAGCCUGUUGCCGGGGGGGCUGCUCCUCGUGAGGGAGGCUUAGACAGAGAGGAGCUUGCCCACGACCUGGCGGCUGCCGGGCACUCCGCAGAGGAGAUCAGGGAGGCGUUGGAGAGGUAUCCCGGGCGAGAUAGACGAGGCACGCCUCAACAGGGGAUGCACGCACGCCAGCGAUUGGAUGUUGGCCACACACGCGCCUCCCCGUCGCUCCCGUUGCCACCUCCGGAUCCCUCCUUGGCAUUGGACAUCGCAGGCGCGGGACCGCAUGGGGCUCCCGUGACGGAUACGCAGGUGGCCGGUGGAGAGAGCAGCGGUGUACGGGAGUGCGACUCCCCGGGGACGGGUCUUCGCCAUCCAAUUUCACAUGCUGGGGUCAUUGCUCGGACGACGAUGCCACUCCCACCCAGAGAUCCGUCGAUUGUCAUCGAGCCACUUCGACCAUUCGUUGGUCGCAAGCGGAAGGCAGGUGGUGCCCUUGGACAUGAGGGCGGGAGAGCGGCGGGUCGAGGCCGAGGGAGAGGUCGACCGCCCAGACGAGGGAGAGGGGAGGGACGAGGCAGGGCUCGAGGAGGUGGCGCAUCGGCACAGAGGACACCUGCAGGUGGGAGAGGGGAUCACGAACGGGCACCGCCGCCAGCAUCAUCGACGGGCGAGGGUGAGGAGGGGAUAGCGCAAUGCCUCGCCAAACGGCGUAGAGCAGAUGCACUGACGACGACAGCACCCACACCAGCGUCAUCUUCGGGCUCGAGCACGUCGGCUUCGUCUUCGGGCUCGAGCACGUCAGCUUCGUUUUCGGGCUCGAGCACGUCUGCUUCGUCAGGUGACCUCGAUUUCGAUGGGCGAGAGGAGGAGGAGGGGCCGGAGGGCGAUGCAGAGGUCGACGAGGGAGAGGGGGAUGUUUCGUCAGCUUAGUUUUGUUCAUUGCUUGUUUCGUUGGUAGUUGUUAGCCCAUGCUUGGAUCAG